AUGCAAAAUAUUUCUGCGGAUAUGAUACCAAUCUGUGCUUCAGACAGAUUCCGUCCUGCCUCAGACUCGGAGAUAGCCGCUCGAAAGGUAAAUCACGAUUCACGAGCAUCACAUGAUCCUGCAUAUGAGCAGUGGAUUCAGGCAGCUUUGCAGGGUGUCACAAAUAAGAUCUACAAGACCAUCAAAGAAGCUGCAUUGGCUCCCAAUGGUUUAUUAGGGUUUGCGUGUGAUAGGUCACGAGGUUGGGCGUUAGGUGUUGGGCUUGAGCAUUGGGUGUUCAACUUUGAGCUCCCCUAUUGCUUUGUGACAAAGCACGACUUCAUUAUAGAGGCAGGUCUAAGUUUUGCAAGGUGGAAAGCUUCUGAAUAA